AUGGCAGCCCUCUCGGGCCUUGCUCCUGGUGCUUUAGCAUCUCACGCUUCCCCAUGUACUACGAAGACCUUCAAGUCGCUUAAACUCAAAGGCGUCGACAUCAGGUCUCUCGAUGUGAAUGCUGUCCACAAUCUUUCUACCAGCGGUCGCAACGCCACUGGCGGUGUAGGUGUUAUUCCUGACAUACCUGGUACCCCAGCGCCGACCGUGGAUAUCUGUUUGAUCACGAUCACCUAUACACACCGCGGCCAGGGAGACGUCGUAAACACGUACAUAGGGCUGCCCCUCGAUGCCAAAGACUGGAACUCCCGAUUCGUGAUGGACGGUGGUGGUGCCUGGUAUGCUGGUGGUGAGGCCGAGGUUCUCGCACCGGUCCUGGCAGGAUACGCAUCCUCUUCUACAGAUGGAGGACAUGACAAUACCGCUGCGACGGGGGAUUGGGCAUUGACCAAGGACGGACAUAUCGACUGGCCUAAUGUUUGGGACUUUUCAUCCGUCGCCAUCGCAGAGGCAGCCGUGCUUGGAAAAGCGGCUACAAAACUGUAUUACGGAUGCGAGCCGGAAUAUUCUUACUGGCAUGGCUGCUCCACUGGUGGUCGUCAAGGACAUGCCAUGGCCCAGCAAUAUCCCGAACUUUUUGAUGGAAUUGUGGGUGGUGCUCCAGCAGUCAACUGGGACAAGUUUGCUAUCGCUGGAUGGUGGGGUCCCUUGACAGCUCAGAUUCUUGAUGUACGACCGCCAACUUGUGUCCUCGACGCGUUCACCAACGCGGCCAUUGAAGCAUGCGAUGAGCUCGACGGCGUGAAAGAUGGAAUUAUUGCCUUGCCAGGGCAAUGUCAUUUCCAAGCCUCAUCCCUGAUUGGACAAAAGGUCCAAUGUAUCGAUCCUAGUGGCGAAGUCACAAUCACCAAAAAGAUGGCCGACCUCGUUGCUGCAGUCUGGGAAGGACCUCAAUCAGAAGAUGGACGUUUCGAGUGGUACGGCUUCCACUACGACUCCAACCUGGCGUCUAUGAUCGGUACAACAUGCACCUCAAUCGAAGAUUGCACAAUAAUCCCAUUCUCAGUUAGCGAUGACUGGGUGAAGGUCUUCCUCGCUCGCGACGCCUCCUUCAACACAAGCAGCCUCACCCUCCAAGACUACGACCGUCUCUUCCGCCAAUCAAUUCACCAAUUCUCAUCUGUGAUUGGAACUGGGAAUGCGGAUCUCAGGAAGAUGAAGCGGGCAGGGACGAAGAUGAUCGCAUGGCAUGGUAUGCAGGACCAGCUUGUGCCCACGAACGGCACGGUGGACUACUACAACCGGGUCCUUGAGCUGGAUCCCCACGCUGCAGACUAUUACCGGUUCUUCUUGGCUCCCGGAGUGACCCAUUGCGGGUUUGGUCCCGGCUUUGACCCGGCUCAGACUGUCUUCGGGACUCUCCAGGCGUGGGUUGAGAAUGGUACUGUACCGGACCACCUUGAAGGCAUCGCUGUCGCGGUGGCACCUUCGAAUACCUCGGCUACACGUACGGCAUACUUGUGUCCGUAUCCCGAGGUCUUCACCUAUACUGGUGGAAACCCCAAUGAUGCUUCGUCUUUCACUUGUGUCAAAUAG